AUGAGGCUUCUCGAAAAUCCUAACGUCGUCGAAGAUGCCAAAGGAAAUCUUUUUGCUGAAGACGACAAUGGACGUCUGUUCUAUAUUGGAGGAAACGUAAACGAGCGACCAGCUGUUUGUGACAAUGACAAACCUAUAAUGACCAGUACAAUACGAAGAGAGAUUCCUAAGAUGAGCGACGAAGAAUUCGAGAGGAUUGACAGGUUGUCUGGCGGUAAACUGCGGCAUCUACUUGUCGGAUCCCCGAGUGGUUAUGAAUGGAAUUCACAGGUGCGGCCUUUCAGGACCUUCCCUUCCUGA